CUGACAUAGUGGUCGGUGAUCGUUUUGUCUUUAUGGGAAAUGCAGCUAAGCAACGACAUCAAACCGUGCUUUGUCUUAUAUUUAAUGUCAGCUGUGUCCGUACUUGGCAAUGGUAAGCUACUCGCAUUAUAAAGCGUAGCCUACAGCAACGUUAUUUAAUGGGCGUGCUGCUGGAAUACAGCGUUUAGUUCUCUAUCGUGGGCGGACUACCGUUCUUCGCCUUUAUCGACAACUUGUGAACUUGUAGCCAGAAUUCUGCUUGCGGCUGUGCGCCACUAUUAUGGAUUAAAUGUAGCCAAUGAUCCACAUUGACUUCUGUGAUCUUACUGCGUAACCAGCGCCAUAAGCGCAGAACGCUCCUGCGUUGUUUCAUUUGGUCAGUGUCAUUCUCAAAAAGGAAAUAAGUUGAACGUUUAGGGCUGCUUCAUAGUGCAAGCCGACCUCUACGCGACUUGCGCAGUGCUCUUUUCAACGGCGUUCGUGUCUGAGAUGCGCUUGGCUUUGAGAAAAUGAAGAGGAGAAGAAGUUAUUGCAUUUAAGAAAACGCCGGGGGUUGUCCUUUUACCGGACUUUACGUCGAAAAGCAGCGGCGUUUUUCACUAGGUUCGGAUUCAAGUUUCGGUCCCAGGAGACCUGUAAUGAUGAAGCUAAAAUCGAACCAGACACGGACUUACGACGGGGACGGCUACAAGAAACGGGCCGCUUGCCUAUGCUUCAAGAGUGAGAGUGAGGACGAGGUGUUGCUGGUGAGCAGUAGCCGACACCCAGAUAAGUGGAUCGUUCCUGGUGGGGGGAUGGAGCCUGAAGAGGAGCCCAACAUGGCCGCCGUUCGGGAAGUGUGUGAAGAGGCUGGUGUCAAGGGGACAUUAGGAAGACUGGUGGGAGUAUUUGAGAACCGAGACCGGAAGCAUCGGACAUAUGUGUACGUUCUCAUCGUAACGGAGGUCCUGGAAGACUGGGAGGACUCGGUCAACAUCGGAAGAAAAAGGGAGUGGUUUAAAAUAGACGAUGCCAUUAAAGUCCUGGAGUGUCACAAGCCUGUGCAGGCCACCUAUUUCGGGGGCCUCCAGGAGGGGUGCCUGACCAGCAAUGGGACACCCUUGGUGGCCACGCUAGCCGAAGACCUCUCGCCCGGCUACAGCAUCACCCAGAGCUCCAUGCCGGGGAUCAGAUAACUACCCCGCCCCCCGGACAGUGCUGGAGCUCCUGCCACCACCCGCUCUUACUCUUCCUCCGUUAUUGUCUUCUGCAAACGACAGACCCCAGAGCUGCUUCGCCCCGCUAGCCUUCGGUGCCACGGGACACGGACGCAAGACGUUACGAGCUGUUGGUUGAAGAUUAAAAAAACAAAACAAAACAAAAACAAAAAAACUAACAAAAAAAAAAACCUUUGUAAAUGUAAAGUUUUCUUUUUCUUUUUAUCAAUAAUUGCAUGACACACCCCCCCAGUCAUCCUAAACAUAAAAGUUUAUUGAAUACAAGAACUACUUUUUAUUGUUGUGCCGUAAAGUGUAAAUGUAGUGCUUUAGCUCGAGUCUUUCAGCGUCUUUGUUUUGGUUACUUUUGUGGUGCGUGUGCGCUCCUUCUCCCCCGACAGGCAACGUUGUGCCAUUUCCUGAAUGGCAGGAAUUGUGGGAAAUGACUUGUUCUGCAUGAGCACUGGUGUUUAUUCGUUUUUAAUGUGGUUUGGGUGAUCUGAUGUAUCCCAGUGGAAUGGGCUUAGUUUGGCCUUGGUGUGACCAUGUCCUGGUUCUGGGGCUUUUCAGUUCUGAUCACAUCCUCGUUGCUCUUUGACGGGUUUUACAGAAGCUUGGAGUGAACAUUUUUCAGUCCCAUCAACAGCAGGGGUAAGUCUCCUGUUUUGCGGGGUCUCAUGUCCUGAUUUCGGGGCGCCUUCUUUCCCAGAGUCUCAGAAAGGACCUUGUGAGUUCAGUGGCUCAAGUCCUUACUGUGAGGUUUGGUUUAGUUUGGGGUCAUUGACUGAGUAGAAGAAUUUGAGAACUGGGAAAACAUCGGUUUGUAUUUUUUUGAGGCCUUAGAAUGUAAAUGGAUGUGAAUCGGAAGCUAAAUAUUAGAAGUGAACUAACACGGAUGGAAAAGCAACUUCAUUGACCCCAACCCCCAACCAUGAAAAGCAAAUACAUGGAAACCCUUUAACAUCCAGUCACAGAUGUGAGCACCCCCCCCUCCCCAAUAUCUAAUGAGGGAGUACUGUUCCGCCACCCCCUAACCCCAACAAAAAGAGAAUUUCUUGUUUGUCAUCAACCUCCAAAGGUGAAAUGAGAUGCUACAGCCAAAUGAGCAGUAAAGUGUGUAUUGUGCAUGAGGUUUCUGGGAGAGCAGGGAAUUGUGGCAGAUUCUGAACAACCUCUAUCUGGCAACAUUUACCCCCUUAUGGUCUCUAAAACGUCUGCAUUAUCGUGAUUUACUGAUGUUUGUGUGUGUGAGUGUGCGAGUUCUACCAUAUUUAAAGAAGCUGGAUGUGUCUUGGUUUGCUUUACCUCUCGUACAUCUGCCCCAAAAUCUGGUCCAGUUCCACCAUUUUGUUUUGGCUGAUAAGAAAUGUUUACGUUGUGCUCGUGCCGUUUGUGUCCUUCUCAAAACACUGGACACUUCUUUUAGACUCUGUGUUGAAGGUUUCUUUUCAAUGAGGUCUUAAUGGAUUUUGUUUUCAACUCUUUUUAAUGUCUACAUCUUGUUUUUCGUUUGUUGCUGAAGAACCAUCCUAGCAUGUAAUUACUUGCUUAACACUUAAAAAUCUGCACUGCAUGGGUCCCUGUGGUUUAAGGCCUACCUGAUUUAAGUGUGGAAUCUGGCUCAGCUCCAGUGAAACUACAACACCUCAAGGCUUCCUUUCAGCACCAUAGAGAGGUUGAACACCAAAUGAAGGCACACCCUCCUCCUGACCCUUCAUGCCUCCAUUUCUCCUCUAGAUGCCCAGGAUUAUGAGCAAACCGCUACCACAGUCCCCUUACUGUGGGGGGUCACGAACAAUGAAGUCUUCUGUUAUUGGUCGUUUUUCCCAUGGGUGGACUGAACUCAACACACAUCUGUCGGCUUCUGUUCGGUCCCUGGCCGUCUUGCAUCUUUACCCAGCCAGCCCAAAAGAUUAUACUUUUUUUGUGUUGGUUAGAUCUAGCCAGCCGGAUUGUUCAACAGAGUUGGCUGUUUGACCAUAAAGCAAGAAAGGCGAUGCACCUUCCAGCCAGAGUACAGCCUUGGCUUCUCUCUGCUAAUUGCUGCUUUUUCAGAUGGGUCAGGUAUCCCUCCUGUGUUAAGUGGAACUAAUGAAUGAGGGGGUGGUAGUGGGCUCAGUUUGCUGAUCAUUGGGCGGCAUCGUGAAGUUUGUAGACGUAACAUAGACCUACAUUGCGUCUCCUCGGGCGUUUUUAACCCUGGUCUUGUUCGUGACUAAUUUAGUGUCACCCUUCGCCCUUGAACACAGAGCGAUUGAUCGUUUGCGUUCUCAAAGCACGAUGAGACGGCAGGUAAUUUGCUCAGGGUUUUGUUUUGUCUUUUGUUUGUUUUAGUUAUUUUUUUGUAUUGGUAAGGCACAUAUUGAACAAACCAAGCCAACAUUUAUUUGGGGAAUGGAUGUUGUUCCAACCUUUACAAGAUGGCUCUAUCGACUGUUUUCAGGGCAUUGUCCCGGGCCCAUGGUCAGUGGGUUUAUUUGGUCAUACGGCAUUGGGAUGGGAUGGAAGGCAACAGGAUUCUGGAAAAUCAAAACUACUAGUGAUGGACCCACUGCUCAUUUUCAGUCAUCCUCCAGUGGUGGAGAUGCUUCUCUCCCCAUCCCUCUCUUGACCCUCCUCUCCUUUAUCCCUCGCUCUCCCCCUGCUCAUUCCUCCCUCCAUCUCUCUCUGGCUCUCCAGAGAACACCCAGAAACACCCCAUACUUUUGUGAGUGUUCAUUUUAAAGCUCCUCAGUCACUGGGCUCUGCUAGGAUAUGUUGGUCCAGGUCAUCAUCAGGUUCUAGAGGUGUGUGGUAGAGUGCCAGUGGAAGUAGUAGGAGGGUCAGUGCUUUUGGGUAAAAUGUUUUAUUGCAACCAAAAAUACAUGGGUCAGGCCCAGUGCAUCUCAAGUUAAUCACAGUUAAAAUGAAAGUUCUGACAUGGUUGAAAGGGUACCAAGGAUGGAAACAAACAAACAAAAUAUUUCCUCAUUUCUAUUCAGCAUUUCCAACUUGAAACUGGUUUUAAUUACAGUAAAGGGGGGGGGGUGGCGGGUGGUGGGUGGCAGCAACUGCUGAUGUAUUAAAUAGACACUAACAAGCCCCUUACAAGGCUGAGUUGUAUACACUUAUUCUCACUACAACACUGGGUGCCUUCGUUGUAUUUUUUUGUACCCUGAAUACAAGUUCAUCUAGUGAUUUUUUUUUUUUUUUCCAUUUGAUAAAGUGUUUGUUUGGCUGGAAAUUGAAUGCUACUGUAGUAUUAAAAUGGAGCUCCUUUCGGUCUGUCAAGGGGUUUGCUAAUCAGAUGGGUUUUAAUUAUUUUUGUCAAGAAGGCCUUGAGUCUUACUGAACCUUUGCCUGCUGGAAGUAUUUCACCAAUUAACCCUAAACUAAGGAUGGCUGUGCUGAUUUAAUUGAUGUGUGUGUAUGGAUAUACACAUAUGUAUAAACCCAAUGUAUGCUGCACUUGUUCUGCACAGUACUGUAAUCUCAUAUAAUCAGAGAUUCUAAGAAUGUGAACUAAAUCGAGUGUGUGUAAAUUAAUGGGUAGGUCAGUGUACAGCAGGAAUCAUCAAAUCAGUCCUCGAGGUCUGGGAACUGCUGGUUUUCCACCUUCCCUUUACCUGGAGUCAGGUGUGACGAUAGUCUGGUCAGUGGCACUAAUUGUUCAGCUAAUUACCGAGGAGAAAAGAGAACCAGGGCCAGAUUUGGAUUCAAGGUCACGAUUUGAUGAUGGUUGGUGUACAGUCUGAAGUUAGUGAACACUUCUUCUCAUAGACUAGGGCUACCCAACCCUGUUCCUGGAGAUUUACAGGAGGUUGGUUUUCAUUUCAACCAUAAUUUGGCACACCUACUUCAAACUGAGUGAGAUCUCUAGCUGCUGAAUGAGGUGUACUGGUAGUGAAAAUUUACAGGAUAGAUCUCCAGGAACAGGGUUAAGUAGGCCUCCUGUGUAUACUUCAUUAAGUGUUACUGAGGGUUGUUCCCCCCCUCCCAUAUUUAAAGCCUUAUGUCAGAGUGAAGUAAAUCCAUGUUCACUUUGCUUUUAUCACUGGCAUGUUAAGAAAUCAAUUUCAGAAUGAACAUUAGCACCCUUCCAUUUAGCCUUGCGUCCUGGUGGUCAUUUUAAAAUCAGGAAGUGCCAGAUUCAUCCAGCACUAUGAACACAUACAAGUGUGUGGGAGGGAAGUGUGUGACUGGCUCCACCUAGCGUUGAGGGUACUCCUCAGCACCAGACAUGUCGAAUUUUGAAUGUAUUCUCAUUUGAAACAAACCACCUGUCAAGUUUCAAAUCUAAUGAUUUGCUCAUUUCAUUCAGGAGGGCCCGUCCCAAUAAACGAACCAGUGUCCAGGGCCGUGUUUAUAGCAGGUGUGCUGCUUCAGACACAGCCAAACAGUUUUGGUGAGAGGGAUCCAUGCUGAUCUAUUAAGAGCAACUGUGCAUGAUUUCAUUUUUUGGUUGGUACAAAACAUUAUCACAUUUUGAAUAACAAUGGUCUCCCUUUCAAAGUGUGGUGAGGAAAAGUCAGCACUUUGCUGCAGGAAUAAAUCCUCCAUUUCACACCAUUUCUGUCCUAAAGGAGAAUGUCACUGGAAUAUUUUUGGCCCCACUGGGGGGGGGUUGUGGUAUAAAUCCAUACAGGACUGAAGAUUGUAAUAUAAAUGUGCCAACAAAUAAAAACACCAGUAUUUCACAGCGA